AUGGAUACUAAAUACGGAUUACGAAUACUCGCAAAUUUUAAAAAAUUUGGAGUAUUUUUACCUAUCAGGUUUAAUAAGCUUACCGAUGAUAACAUCGAUAAGUUAAAAACUGGAUAUGGAAUCGUUAACAAGGGUCAAUUUGGACGCACAUUUGAUGUGAAAUUUGUUAAAUCGCAGUUAAAAGUGGAAUCUGAAGAAGAAGAUGAUGACGAUGAUGAGCAGAACCAAAUGGCAAUCGAAUCUGAAUCUGAUGACGAUGAAUUAUUUUGUAAAUAUGUCAAACCGCAGACAUUGAAUGAUGGUGAUGAUGGUUCUUCUUGCCCUGAAACAGAUAUAAAAUCGUUUAUGACAAGAAUGAAAUUAAUAAAUUUGGAACGUGACAUAGAAAACUUUUUGAUUGAGGACAAUGAUAGAAUUCAGAAAUUGAUGGAUGAAUUUCAAGAACGAGAUAGCGGUUGGGCUUUAUCGGAUAUUUUACAUUUGGAAGUUAAUAUAAAUAAAUAUGAACCAAUUUCAGGUUCAAGUUUUUCUCAUUCUGACAGAACUAGUUCUUAUAAUAUUAUGUGCAACAUUAACCGAGAAAUUAUUUUAUUGAACGAGGAAAUUAGUUUAAACUUUACCGGAUUACAGUUUCCUAUGAAAGUUGAUGAUAUUUAUGUGUUUGAAAAUUUGAAUCCAAAUAUUAGUAUAAACGUUUUUGGGUUAGAUGAAAAUUCCAAUGUUAUUGGACCAUAUUAUCAUACAAAAUUAAUUAAAAGAAGAAUAUAUAUGUGUUCAGGAUGUUUAUUACAUUUUAACUCACAAUCCAUUUUGGAAAAACAUAAACAUGAAUGUAAUAAAAUUGUAACAAGGCUUCCUACAAAAGAGAGUGAAAUUUUAAAAUUCAAAAAUUAUUAUCAGCAACUUGAUGUUCCAUUUGUUAUAUAUGCUGAUUCAGAAUGUAUUUUGGAAAAAAUUCAAGGUUGUCAACAAAAUCUUGCUAUAUCAUCAACAACAGAUAUAGAAUUGCAUACACCAAUUGCCUUUUCAUAUUUCAUUAAAUGUUCUUUCGAUUCAAGCUUGGAUAAAUACAGAAAUUUUAAAGGUGAAAAUUGUGCAGAUGAUUUUUUGAAAAACUUAAUAGGAGAUUGCAGUGAUUUAUUUGAAAACUAUAUUUUGAAAAAGAAGCCCAUGAUACCGCUUACAAAGGAACAAAUAACUCAAAAUUUAAAUACAAAAGUUUGCCAUAUAUGCGAGGAGGAAAUUGAAUUGGAAGAUGAUGAAGUAUAUGAUCAUUGCCACUUAACUGGGAAAUUUAGAGGAAUUUCUCAUAAUAAAUGUAAUCUUAGCUAUAAUUUAAAUUGUGUUCAUGGAUCAAUUAAUGUAAUUCCUUUAAACAAGGAAAAAUAUUUUUCGUUAAGCAAAUCUAUUAAGUCGGAUUAUAGUGGUACAUAUUUCACAUUACGAUUUUUAGAUUCUUUUAGAUUUUUAGGUUCAAGUCUUGAUAGUUUAGGUAGAAAUUUAGAAGAUAGUCAAUUAAUUAAUGUCAGAAAUCAUUAUCCUGAUAAUAUAAAAUUUAAUUUAAUGAAAAAUAAGGGAAUAUUUCCAUAUAGUUAUGUUGAUUCCUUAAGCAAGCUUAACGAAAAAAUGUUACCACCUGAAGAGGCUUUCAAAAAUCAAAUUUUAAAUUCAGAAUGUUCAGAUCUAGAAUACCUUCAUGCGAAAAAAGUAUGGGAAACUUUUAAUUGUUUAGCUUGGCAGGCUAUAUUAAAAUAUACCAAAGUUGAAUUAGAAUUAUUGACGGAUAUAGAAAUGAUAAAAUUUUUCCAAAAAGGAAUACGGGGUGGUAUUUGCCAAUGUUCUUGUAGACAUUCAAAAGCUAAUAAUAAAUAUAUGGAUGAUUUUAAUACUGAAAUCGAUAGUCAAUAUUUAUUUUAUUGUGAUGCAAACAACCUAUAUGGUUGGGCGAUGUCAACGUUUCUCCCCACAGGUUCAUUUAAGUGGGUAAAUGAUUUCUCCAAUAUUGAUAUUCUCAAUACUGCAGAUAAUUCUCAAACUGGUUAUGUGUUGGAAGUUGAUUUAAAAUAUCCAUUUGAAUUACAUGAUAAGCACAAUGAUUUACCAUUUUGUGCUGAAAAUAAAAUUCCACCAAUAGGGAAAUUAAAUAAGUUGUUAACAGAUUUAACUGAUAAAAAAAAAUACAUAAUACAUUAUAGAACUUUAAAGCAAUGUUUAAAAAAUGGGCUUAUUUUAGAACAUAUUCAUAGAGUUACGGAAAAACACGUUGAAAAAAGAAAAUUGAUUAAAAUAGCUACUUCAUGGGAAAGUGAAGGUAAGCGUUUGGGUGCGAGAGCUUUAAUUGCAAGAAAAAAUUUUCAUAGUAUUUCACAAUUUACAGAAGGUUUAGCUGCUAUACAAUUAGAUAAAAUGGAAAUAUUUUAUGAUAAACCAAUUUAUUUAGGUUUCAGUAUACUUGAACAAUCAAAGAUAUUAAUGUAUGAUUUUCACUACGAAUAUAUGAUCCCUAAAUUUGGUGAAAAUGUUAAAAUUAACUACAUGGAUACUGAUAGUUUCGUUUAUACUAUAAAAACUGAUGAUUUUUAUGAAGAUAUUUAUUCUGAUAUAUUGGAAACUUCUCCAAACAAAUUAAGAUUUGAUACAUCUGAUUCAUUAAACGAUUUUAUUAACUUCACCGGUCAAAGGUGUGAAUUCAAUUAA